CACAAAGGGACAACUGCUGUCAUCACGGAUUUUAAGGGCCAUCACAGGCACUUUUUGUUUGAACGACAAUGGCUGCUGCAUCAGCUCACACUGGGUCCGCGUUUGCGCGGUUUUGGAACCAUCCCGCAGGUCCGAAGACAAUCCACUUCUGGGCACCUGCUAUGAAAUGGGGUCUCGUCAUUGCUGGCUUGGGAGACUUGCAACGUCCUGCUGAAAAGCUUUCUGUGAUGCAAACUGUGGCCCUUGCGGCGACAGGGGUUAUCUGGUCCCGGUAUUCGCUUGUUAUUACACCCAAGAAUUGGAGCUUAUUCAGCGUCAACGUAUUCGUCGGAGCCACUGGAUUGUAUCAAUUGUAUCGAAUCUACGACUACAGGCAGUCGCUUAAAAACGCUCCGCUAACGACCCAGGCAAAAACAAUCGCAAAUGCGGCACAGGAUACCGCUGCGCAAGCAAAGGACAAAGUUGAAAACGUCUUGAAGAAUAAAUAAAUAAAUAGAUUUUGAUUUUCAUUUGGAGGACACCCGCUAGAGAAAGUGCCCUUCUGAGGGGGAACUUCAUCAUAUAGAUGUCGGGUUCAUUGACCAUUGUUAGCUGAGUCAGGCAAUCCUGUCGCUUCCGUGGCUAGCGCAGGCUGAUGAGCCAAAUUUCUCUGGUUUUGUCUUUCGUAACCAUGAGUGGUCAAU